AUGCGUUUUACUCCUCUUAUCCUCCUGGCGAGCGCGCUUAGUGCCGUUGCAGCUAUGACCUCGCCCGCUGGCAAUGCUCUCAAGGCUCGCUCCUCUAAACAGCUCCUCCAUAUGCUGGUCCGCAACCUUGAUGAGGAGGAAGCUGUAGCUGUUAUAGCGCGUUAUAAUGAGCUUUCGGAGCGGGAAGCCGACAACCACCUGGAGAGGCGGGGAGGAGCUAGGUGCCAAAGGUGCAAUAGGGUUUUCCCUAAUUCAGCAGCUUUGAUUGCGCAUAUGGCCUCAGCCCACUAUGGAAACGGCGGCCUGUAG